AUGAAGACCGCCACCUUUGUUGCCAUCCUAGGCGCCACGCUCGCCAGCGCUGCUACUUGUUAUUACACCGGCGAAAGAGCUACUGCAGACUUGAUCAAGUACCAUUCAAAACGGGCUUGCGAAGGUUACGACGGGAAGAGAGGUGCUUUCCAAGGCAUCUUCUUGACAAACGAGGUGAAAUUCGCUUGUGUCAACCUUCAGAACGAUAUCAAACUCGAGAUGUGGGUCACAAACGAAAACAGUCGGCAAUCGUUCGACCUCAACGAUGGAGACUGCACGAAGGAAUUUGCCAAUCUCAUGAGAGACUGCCAAGAGAACGGCGUUAGCCAAGGAGGGCAAAACACUGUUGCGGGUUGGAGAUUCCGUGCUGAUCCCCAGAAGGGGAGGUGCUAG